AUGCUUAGCCGAGCUCUCUUCAGGUUUAUGUCAAGUGCCACAAAGGCCCCAUUUGAAAUCACUGACAUGGCUGCUUUGAUGUUUACUCUUCCAAAAAACACCCCUGGCUCUCUCAAUCAAGUUCUUCAAACAAUCCUUGAUAACAACCUCAAUUUAGUCCACAUAGAGUCAAGACCAGCAUCGCUGAUUGAUGCGGAUAAAGGCUUUACUUUUAUUGUAGACAUAGAAACCCCGAAUAAUAAUUCGUUGGAAAAUGUAUGCAAAAAAAUCAAAAAAGUCUGUGGUGACGUCACAGUGCUAGGAAGCCUUGAUGUGCCGUUGUUUCCAAGACGUUUUAGUGAUAUAGAUGGAAUGCAACAGCUAGUUAGGCCUCUACACCAUGAUCAUCCAGGGUCUAUGGAUCCGAAUUACUGGGCAAGAAGGCAAGAAUUUGGAAUUAUCGCAAAAAAUUGUACUUUAAGUCAAGAACUCCCGAGAAUUCAAUAUACAAGUGAUGAAACUCAGACUUGGCAAACGGUUUAUCAUGCUUUGUCGCCUCUUUAUAAGAAAAUUGCUUGCAGUGAAUUUCUGCUUAAUUUUAAGGAAAUGGAAAACAAAGGGAUUAUUAAAGAAAAUGAAGUGCCUCAAAUAGCAGAAGUUAAUAGAUAUCUAUUGGGGAAAACUGGAUUUCAGCUUAAACCUAUUUCUGCUAUGGAAAAAGAUAGAGACUUCUUAAAUUGCUUAGCAUUCAGAGUAUUUCCCACUACACUCCAUAUGAGACACCACUCUCAUCCUUAUUUUAGCAUAGACCCAGAUAUUGCUCAUGAAGUGAUUGGCCAUGUCCCUAUGCUUGCUGAUCCUGAAUUCGCUGAAUUUGUUCAAGAAAUCGGUCUUGCAUCUUUAGGAGCUGCUGAAGAAGAGAUACAGAAACUAAUGAACCUUUAUUUUUAUUCAAUCGAAAUUGGUCUUAUUAUGAAUUCAGAAGGAGAUAGGAAGGUUUAUGGGGCAAGAAUCUUAAGUUCAGUCGACGAAAUUAAUCAUGCUCUAAGUAUUCACCCUGAACUGAGACAUUUCGACCCAUUCCAAGCUUGCAAUGUUAAAUAUCAUCGAAAAGACUUACAAGGGUUAUAUUGGUUUUGCUCAGAUUUUAGAGAAGCCAAGGUACUUAUGCAGAGAUACGCAAGCACUUUACAAAAACCUUUCAAUGCAACUUAUGAUAGAGUUCAAAAAUCGAUUAAAGUUAGCCACAAGGUGAAGUCUUGGUAA